UUGAACGGUACCAAGCCAGUAGGUCGCGUCUUUGGUGAUUACACAACCGUGUCUUCUCCCCACCGUCUGUUUCCCGAACGCUCGGCCCGCAGAUGUGUCGUCGAGGCCCAGCCCCGUAUGGAACACACGCCGGCGCAUCCUCUUUCAGGGACUCCCCAGGUUGCGCAUGCCGUCCUUGCUCUUGGGCCCUAUAGCAGCUGCCGUUGUGCGAGACUGGCACCACCUGGUUGAUGCUUGUUCCAGCGAGAGGGUGUGCCAACCAUCGCUUAAGCCUGCCGGUCAGCAGGGACCUUGCCUGCCGGAGGAGGCUCUCUCACCGGUCAACUUGGCAUGUAUGAUUCCUGCCUAUCGUUAUUCACGAUGCUGUGUGGAUCGUGGACAAACGGCGGCGAGAGGGAACAAGCAGAUCUUCGUUGGCCCUGUCAAGUCAACUGCCGCAGAAGAACGGCUCAACCCCAUGACCUGGGGUGAGACCGCAGACAACACCACUAAGCCCAGAUGGCUGCUGCCCGUCAAAACUCUCUCGCGCAUACAAAGUAGGCUAUUAUUGUGGGCUGGACUGCCUGUAAACUGGACUCCCACUUACCGUCUCCGCUGUUGGUGUGUGUGUGUGUGUGCGUGUGUGUGUGUGAAAUUCUCCUACAGCACGAGCCCGCCCCCUCACAUACCAAGCUCGAUAAUACCUAACCCCGUCAGUGAUGAUGGACUCUCCACGCAUACUCCGCAUAUAGCGCAACGGAGACUCUGACUGCUUCAUCAACAGGCAAGCCACAUAUCUCUUCUCGGCAGUAUGCAACCCUGCUCAACUCCUGAAAGUCAUGGAUAACCUGCGUUCCUCAUGCCGCCGCAUCCCGUCUCGCGCAUCUCUAGCCCCGGGGAAUCUCCGUAUUCCCAAAGGAGAAGAGUACAUGGAAUAGAGGACUCGGUAAGGAAGCCAACCGAAACACCCCACGGACGCCUCUCUUGGAAGCAAAUGUGAUUCGGGUCCG